CGCAAAGAUUAUUUAAAAGGGUGAAACCGCGAGGAGAGCAGAAGCUGGGGAGUUUUCCAGUAUUUUGGAAACCGAAACUCGGAUGGGAUUUUAACAGUGGCAGGCGGUAGCUGCAGCGGCAGCAAGCAGACGCGAGGAAGGGGAAGAGCAAAUAAAGGAAAAAAAAAAGAUUUUUUUAAUAGAAAAAAGGAUAGAGAGGAAGAGUUCGGAGGGAAAAAUCUUAUCAUCAAUCCUCGAAAAUUCUCGUUUUCGGAUAUAUUUGGAAGAAUCGAUCCUUUCUGUUUCAUAGGAUUUUAUUUGGAAGAGCUCUGUGGAGAAUUAGGGUUUUUUUUUUGUUUUUGGCUUUUCGAGUAGAUGGAAUCACAGAUUGUUUUGAAGUGAAACAAUGAGGGCUGAAAGAUAUUUUGCUGGAGGAGGAGGAGAAGAGGACGAAAAGGAGGAGUUCUUGGACUCAAGAGAAGAUGUUUCGACGGUGUAUGAUUCAUGCCCUGGUAGUCCUGGUCAUCGAGAUUCUUGUUCUGAUGAGAAUUUCAUUAGCGUUAGUGAUUCUCUAUACCGGCCUUGCAUUGGAGAUUUGAUCAGUGUGCAGGGGCGUCGAAACAAGUUCUUGAGAUGGAUGGGUUUGGAGCUUCCCAGUCCUCAUGAAGAUUGUGUUACUCUGGAUGGUGAUAUAGUGAAUGAUGAAAUUACACUGCACAUAGAUAGAGUCACUUCGGAUGGUCAGGCUGUUCUUCUGAGGAGCUCCAAUUCGAAUAAUGGGACUUCCAUGUGCAGCUCAUCAAAUGAGGGCCAGUGCAGACCUGAGGAUAAGGCUCCAGAAAGUAAUGUUGACUCCAGAACUGCCAGUUUGGAUGACAACACAAUGCUAAUGGUGGAUGACUUAGGCAGGGAUGAUAAUGUAACAAGCAUUUGUGAUGCUGAUUCAGACCGGAUAACAUCAGUUGAUGAGUUUGGGAGAAGUCCUGGUCCAUCAUGUUUUUUUCAGCAAGUUAUGCAGAGAUAUGGCAACAGAUCAAAUGAUUCUGAGAAGACGGCAAGGAGGAGUAUUGGAUGGUUGUGGAGAUUGGGAGCUGUGGCCUGCAUUGUAGAUAGACAUUGGGGGGAGAAUAGUUUAAGUCUUUCCACUUCCGAUCAAGGUGGCAGUGCUAGCAUCCAAAGAGUCAGGGUCCGUACAUAUAAGAAGCGAUCCAAGUUAUUCUCUGCACUUUAUGUGGGACAAAAUAUUAAAGCCCAUGAUGGUGCAAUCCUGACCAUGAAGUUUAGCUCUGAUGGACAGUAUUUAGCCAGUGGAGGUGAAGAUGCAGUCGUGUACGUGUGGUGUGUAAUGGAGAGUGAGCGAACAGCUGAGAAUGACAUCCCCAAAAAUGAUCACUCUUGCAUAUACUUUUCAGUUAACCAUAAUUCUGAGUUAGCUCCCUUACAUGCCAACAAUGAGGAGAAAAAGGGAAAGCUGAGGAGUAUGAGUACAUCAGGUUCAUCUUGUGUAGUGGUACCUCCAGAUGUCUUUCGAAUAUCUGAGAAGCCAAUCCAUAUAUUCCGUGGACAUGAAGGGGAUGUGUUGGAUAUUUCAUGGUCGAAGAGUAAGUAUCUGCUUUCAUCAUCUGUGGAUAAAACCGUCCGACUGUGGCUAGUGGGAUGCGACAACUGUCUCAAAGUUUUUUCUCAUAGUGAUUAUGUAACCUGUGUUCACUUCAAUCCUAUCAAUGAGAAAUUUUUCAUAAGUGGCUCUGUAGAUGGGAAAGUACGUAUCUGGGAGAUUACAAGAUGUCAGGUUGUGGAUUGGACAGAUAUCAGAGACAUAGUCACUGCAGUAUGUUAUGAUCCAGAUGGAAAGAAUGGAGUGGUUGGCUCCAUGUCAGGCGAUUGCCGCUUUUAUGAUGCCACAGAUAAUCAACUACAACUAGAAGCUCACAUCUCCCUACAGGGUAAAAAGAAGUCACCUUACAAGAGGAUUACUGGUUUUCAGUUUUGCCCAUCUGAUCACCGAAAACUAAUGAUCACUUCUGCUGAUUCAAAAGUUCAAAUUCUUCAUGGGGUUGAUAUUGUUUGCAAGUACAAGGGUCUUCGGAAUUCUGGAAGUCAGAUAUCUGCAUCAUUCACUUCUGAUGGGAGGCACAUUAUUUCUGCCAGUGAGGACUCAUACGUCUAUGUCUGGAGUUACAAUAGCCAGGAUACACCUAGAUCAAACCAAAUGAAGAGCACAUGGUCUUGUGAGCGUUUCUUCUGCAGCAAUGUAUCGGUUGCAAUACCUUGGCAAGGCAUGGAAUCGAGAAGUCCAGUUUCCAACCUUUCUCAGUUUCUUCCACUGGGACAAGUUCCUGACAACCAAAGCCAGCCAGGCUCAAGGGGUGACAACUCCCUAUAUAUGUCUCCUGGUAGGUUCAGUCAUGAGUUCUCGGAGUCUUUGCCCAAGGGUUCAGCAACUUGGCCAGAAGAGAAGCUUCCCUUGAGCUUGAUGACCUCACCUGCAUUGCCAAAAUCCCAAUACAAGUUCCUGAAGACUUCUUGCCAAAACAAUUCUCAUGCCUGGGGUCAGGUGAUUGUAACUGCCGGAUGGGAUGGGCAGAUCAGAUCGUUCCAAAACUAUGGAUUACCAAUUCAUGUGUGACAAUCUUCGAGCAACAGUUAUCAAGGAGUUUCAAAUCCUAACAGUUGAUGCUGGUCCAGCUUUUAAUGACAUGGCAUGCAGAACAUGGUGUGCUAGAUGCUCCUCCCAAGCUGGUUGUGCACCAGAACAAUAUCCAUUUGGAGGGUCCUAAAGAUUUGAACCAGAGUGGAGCAGCCCUUGAGGAUUUUGACAGGGCCAGUGGCUGAUGGGGUUCUGGGGGUUAAUUAUUGGUAGAUUUGUGCAUCACAGGCAGGAUUUGGGAGUAGUAGGGGUCUAACUACGGGGCCCUUGACAUGAUUUGUGGAGAUAAUACUGUCAUUAUGUUGUGACAAACAACAUUUAUCUGGUGAAGCAGCUGCUUCAGUGCCAAGUGGUGAGAUUACGUUGUUGGAGACACAAACUUGGUUAAAUAAAAUACAAAUUCUUUGAUUUAUUUUCUC